UCCCUCGUUCCCGACCCAAAUAGCCGUCUUCGGCGAUCAGGCGAAGCUCAAUAUUGCUUCGCCUCGGGAUGUUCGAUCGUGCCGUUCCUUCCGAGCCUAAUGGAGGCACCGGGAGCUCUUUCACCGCUGCCCCGGUUACCCAGGAUUCGUUCAAACAUCGGCUCCCCGGCGGCGAGACACCGCGGCCAUGGAAUGGAGGCUACGGUAUUGGCAGUGGUGAUCGGAGGUUUUCAUUUUCUCGCAACUGGUCUUUCAAGCCUCAACUCUUGCGGAACAAUUCCAGCAUCGGUAUAAAGCACUUCGAGGACGAGGAGUCAUGGGAAGGACAUGGGAAGGCCGACUUCGCAGGAGGAGGCAAUGUUGGGUGGAAGCGUUCUGUUCUGUAUCAGAUGGCGUCCGUGUUAAUGUCUGUAAGGUCUGGGAAUCGACAGGUGAGGCGGCUUGCACUGUUGAUUUCGCUCAACGUGGCCUACUCUACGGUGGAGUUGAUGAUUGGGCUAAUUACUGGGCGUAUAGGUCUUGUUUCAGAUUCCUUCCACUUGACAUUUGGUUGUGGCCUCCUAACUUUUUCUUUGUUUGCAAUGAUUGCUACUCAGAAAAGGCCUGAUGGAACAUACACCUAUGGGUAUAAGAGGCUGGAAGUUUUAGCCGCUUUUACAAAUGCUGUGUCCCAUUUUGUUGAGCUGGGUAAUAUGACAUCUAUGCCGAAGCUGUUUCUUCUGUUCAUGUCCUUCUCCUUGGCUGUGGAAGCAUUGCAUGCAUUUAUUCAGGAUGAAUCGGAGCACAAGCAUUAUCUGAUUGUUUCUGCUGUUACCAAUCUUUUGGUGAAUUUACUUGGCGUUUGGUUCUUUCGGAGCUAUGCACGUGUUAAUAUUGCUUAUAGGAAGGCUGAAGAUAUGAAUUGCCACUCUAUCUGUCUGCAUGUUCUAGCUGAUUCUAUCAGGAGCGCCGGUUUGAUUCUUGCGUCAUGGUUACUUAGUUUAGGUAUUGAGAAUGCAGAAGUGCUGUGCUUAGGAUUGGUCUCAGCUGCAGUAUUUGUGGUCAUCCUUCCACUUUUUAGAGCUACAGGUGGUGUCUUGCUCCAACAGGUUCCUGCUACUUUGCCUUCUUCCGCCUUCAGCAAAUGCUUGAGACAGGUAAAUGCUCUUGAAGAUGUUUCAGAAGUCACUCAGUCCAGGUUUUGGGAAUUGGUUCCUGGUCAUGCAAUUGGUUCCCUCUCUAUUCUGGUGAAAGAUGGAGAAAAUGAUGAUUCAGCUCUUCAUUAUGUGCAUGAAUUGUAUCAUGAUUUGGGGAUACAAGAUUUAACAGUGCAGACCGAUCCAGUUAGUUCUACCAGCAAGGACUAAUAUGUAAAUUACAUAAUUUGUGAUCUGCACCCUUUUUUUUAUCAUUCAAGUCCCCAUAGUUUGAAGCAAUUAUAAAUAUUUAUAUCAUUAUUAAGUACACAUUGCAGAGACUGUCCAUA